AUGAACAAACUCAUCCUCCUCGCCCUCGCUGGUACCGUCCUCUUAGGUGCCACCCUCUUAUUGGUCAACCAUAAGAGAGUCUCCGAUGAUGUCCCCAUCACCGAAGAAGUCAUCCUUAAAUGGAAGUAAUUCAAGCAAACCUACAACAAGAAGUUCUCUGAUCCCGAUCAAGAAGUUUACAGAAUGGAAGUUUUCGCCUAAAACCUCGAAGUCGUCAAGUAGGAUACCACUGGUACCUUCGGUGUUACCCAAUUCUUCGAUUUAACCGCCCAAGAAUUCGCUUCCAUCUACCUCACCCUCCAAGUUGAAAAUGCUGAAGAAGCUGUCCACGAUGCUGAACUCAACGGUGACAUUAACUGGGUUACCGCUGGUAAGGUUACUGCUGUUAAGAACUAAGGUUAAUGCGGUUCAUGUUGGGCUUUCUCCACCACUGGUGCCCUCGAAUCUGCUUUGAUUGUCGCUGGUCAAGCCACCAACACCAUCAAUCUCUCUGAAUAACAAUUGGUUGACUGUUCCACCAGCUACGGUAACCAAGGUUGCAACGGUGGUUUAAUGGAUAACGCCUUCAAGUACAUCAAGGCUAACUAACUCACCACUGAAAGUAACUAUCCUUACACUGGCAAGGACGGAAAAUGCAACUCAGCUGCCAUCAAGGCCCCCUUAUACAGUCUUAAGGGUUUCACUGAUGUCGCCAAGACCACCUCUGCCCUCCAAGCUGCUAUCUAAAAGCAACCCGUCGCCAUCGCUGUCGAUGCUUCCAAGUGGUCUUACUACACUGGUGGUGUCUUCUCUAACUGCGCUACUCAAUUAAACCACGGUGUCCUCUUAGUCGGUAUCGUUAACGGUAACUGGUUAGUCAAGAACUCUUGGGGUGCCUCUUGGGGUGAAAACGGUUACAUUACCUUAAAGGCUGGUAACACUUGCGGUCUUGCCAACGCUGCUUCUUAUCCUACUGAGUGA